CUUGGUGGCUUCAUGGGGGUAACGCUGAGGACAGAGACCUGACUUUGGGUCGGCUGAGAUUGGCAACUCUAACCUUAAGGCUAUGAGCUGCCUGGAGCCAAGGUGUGUUACCCGUGGGACAUGUAGAGGCAUUGUGUGCUGAAAACCUAAUGAAGGUAUGUUGAUACAGUUAUUCCCAUGACUCGGAGAUUUGUAUGGAAAAGAACAAUCAAUGCAUCAAGAUUCCAUGGUGUUCAGGUUUUAAGAUGCACCUGAUUUUCAACCCAGAAAAAGGAAACCAAACAGUUGCUGCAGCAUUUAUCCUCCUGGACUUUAAUAUUGAGGAUCUACACAUGCUAUAUUUCAUGUUGUUUCUAACUAUCUAUCUUGCAACCAUAACUGGAAACAUCCUCAUUGUUAUUCUGGUGGUCAUUGAUCAGCACCUUCACACACCCAUGUACUUCUUUCUGGGCAAUCUGUCCUGCCUAGAGACCUGCUAUAGCUCAACCAUCAUGCCGAGGAUGCUGGUCAGUUUUCUGACCGGAAACAAAUCCAUUUCUAUUCCUGGAUGUUUUGCUCAACUUUAUUUCUUUGGGUUUCUUGCAGCUACAGAAUGUUACUUCCUAGCAGUAAUGUCUUAUGAUCGUUAUUUAGCAAUAUGCAGACCGUUGCAUUACACAAUGCUCAUGAAUGGCAAAAUUUGCACACUGCUAAUUGGUGGAUCAUGGAUAACUGGCUCAUUGGGCAUUAGUACCAUCAUAUUUUUGGUGUCUCAACUGACCUUCUGUGGACCUAACAAAAUCAAUCAUUUCUUCUGUGAUUUUAUGCCAGUGGUAAGGCUUUCCUGCAGUGAAACCCAUUCAGUUCAAAUGGCAGCCUUUAUACUCUCCUCCAUAGGCACUCUGCCCCCACUUCUAAUAACUCUGACCUCUUACAUUUGCAUCAUCAAAAACAUUUUAAGAAUCCCAUCCACCACUGGGAAACAAAAGGCAUUCUCUACUUGUUCAUCACACCUCACUGUGGUUUCUUGCUUCUAUGGCUCCUUGAUGAUUGUUUAUGUCCUCCCAGAGAUGAGUUCCUUGAGCGAAAUAAAGAAACUUUUCUCUCUGUUCUAUACUCUGCUCACCCCCCUGGUCAAUCCCCUUAUAUACAGCUUGAGGAACAAAGAAGUAAAAGAAGGGAUUAAGAAAACUUUUAAGAUGCUUUGUAAAAGUCAUUAAAAUUUUGGGGAAAAACAAUUAUUUUAUUUUAUAUGACCUUAAAAAAAAAUGUCAUCUAAGUGAAAUUUACCCUAUUUACUGCAUCCUUACAAAUUUCUAUUUAUCCUUCCAUUCUCAGCUUGCUAAUUUCUCUCUCCUAUCUCCUAGACACUGGGAGCAGUCUUUGUUUUUAUAGUGGGAAAACUCUACAGGUCAGUGAUAUUCACUUUUUUCCAAAUAGGGUCCAAUCUGAACACAUGCCAAUAUAAGAGCCAGCCAUUUCCCACCUUCACGCAGUGCUGUUCAUUUCCCUGUGGUGGUAGGGCUGGGGGCUGUAAAAAUAACAAGAAUCCUGCCAAGCCCUGGCGCCAUCUUCAAAGGCACAAACAGAGCUCUGUGAAGUGUAGUUCUUCCUAGCACUUUCCCCACAUAGUUUUAUGGGGAAAGGCCCUGGAAAGACUAAACCUCCCAGUGUUUGAUGCGCACCUUCCAAAAGACUGUUGUACAUACUUUACUAUAUCACAAUGAUGUUAAGAUGCUACUGUACUACAAAAUAUCCUAUUGCUGUUUUAGAAAUAUAUCAGAUAUAAUGCAAAACCACCUAGAGACUUUGGAGUCCACCGGUAUAUAAAUU